AUGCAUGACAAGGACAAGAGCAAGGACAAGGACAAAGACAAGGAGACAGACAAAGAAAAAGAGGGAUGUGAAAAUGAAAAAGGGAAUGGAAGACCGGAAAAGAAGCAAAUAAUUGGAAAGAAAACAUCUAGUGGUAUCUCCAAAGUAUUUGCAGUGAAAGUUGACAAUGCUUCUUCAAAUGAUGUUGCACUAAGAAAAUUGAAGGGGCACUUGUUGGAAAAGGAUAAUACAUUUCCACUAAAUGGUGAAAUAUUUCAUAUGAGGUGUUCGACUUAUAUCUUGAAUUCGAUAGUAAGUGAUGGUUUGAAAGAGUUGAAUGAAGCUAUUUCAAGUAUUCGAAAUGCGGUGAGAUAUGUGAGGUCAUCUCCAGCUAGAAUGAAAAGGUUUAAAGAAAGUUGUAUGGAUGCAAAUAUUGAUACAAAAGCCUUGUUAUGCUUAGAUGUUGCUGCUAGAUGGAACUCCACCUACAUGAUGUUAGAAGCUGCUAUAAAAUUCAAGAAGGCUUUUGACAAUUUAGAAGGAGAUGCAAACUACACAAGGUACUUUGAUGAAGAAAGAAUGGUUGGUCUGCAAGUAAUCUAG